ACAAAUGAGCUAAGAGACUGAGGAGAGCUUCCUAUCUUGCAGCCGAGACGGAACCUGGAAAGUGUGGAAGAUCCAGAUCAGCAGAGGAGGGUCAUCCUGGACUAGAGGAAAAUCCCUUUCCCAGCACACCUUCUUUUCCUUCAAGAGUAGGCAUGGAGGAGUUCAGCUACGACACAUAUAACCAGUCAGCCUUUGAAAACUGUGACUAUGAUGAAUGGAGUUCCUCCAAGAUCCUCAUUCCUUCUAUCUACUUUCUGGUUUUCCUCCUAGGCACUGCAGGCAAUGGCCUAGUGCUAUGGACCAUAUUCCGGGGAAAUAAGGAGAAACGACGGUCGGCAGACAUGUUCAUUGCCAAUCUGGCAGUGGCUGACCUGACCUUUGUGGUGACCUUGCCACUCUGGGCUACCUAUGCCAUACUGGACUACCACUGGCCCUUUGGCUCCUUUGCCUGCAAACUCAGUAGCUACCUGAUCUUUGUCAACAUGUAUGCCAGCGUCUUCUGCCUCACCGGGCUUAGCUUUGACCGCUACUUGGCCAUUGUCCGGCCUAUGGAGAAUGCCAAGCUGAGAUCAAAGGCUUGUGGGCUUUUAGGGACCAUUAUUCUUUGGGCCUUGGCAGCUCUUCUGGCCUUGCCAGCAAUGAUCUUUCGGAGUACAGAUGAAUUCGAGGAUGGCAAAGUGUCCUGCUUCAUGGACUACUCGAGUGUCGCAACCAACAAGACAGAGGCGGUCUGGGAGGCAGGGCUAGGCUUGUCCUCCACUCUGAUGGGCUUCGUCUUCCCCUUUGCCAUCAUGCUGAUCUGCUACUUCUUCAUUGCCCGCACCAUCGCUGGCCACUUCCGAAAGGAGCGCAGUGAAGGACUUAGAAAGCGGAAGCGUCUGCUGACCAUUAUCAUUGUCCUUGUGGCCACCUUCGUUGUGUGUUGGCUGCCCUACCACCUGGUGAAAACCAUCUAUAUGCUAAUGGACUGGGAGGUGAUGCCCAUGUCCUGUGGCUUCCAUGUCUUCCUCAGCAAUCUUCACCCUUACUGCGUCGGUUUGGCCUAUGUCAACAGUUGCCUCAACCCUUUCCUCUAUGCCUUCUUUGACCCCCGCUUCCGACAGUCCUGUGCGGCCAUCCUCAGCUGCACCUCAGGGCAUUUGGCAGGAACUGGUGGGGACAAAUCAGCCAGUUAUUCCUCAGGCCAUAGCCAGAACCAUCUGGGGAAAGGUGGGGAGCCACUGAAGGAGAAACUGAGUCCAGAGACCCAGGAGUUUCUGCUCCGUGGGUAAAAGUACAAAGGAUGACAACAAGCAAUUAUAUAGGACUUUGGACGUAAUGAGCCUUUCAAAAAGCCACCUUUUCUUCUCAUUGUAUGACCUUCCCUUUCUAAUACCAUUUUCUCAAUUAGUCUCCUCCCCCCUCCUUAUGGCUUCAUCACAUUCUGCCCUCCUCCUCCUUUCCCCCCCUUCCCUUGCUGGAUUGUCCAUUCUAACUUCUGUGUCUUGUAACUUAGCCUCUUAUUAUGUAUAAUAAGCAACAUCCUGCAGUACUGGGAUAAGCUGUGGAUCCUCAGAACAACUAUAGCUUUUUGCAUUGUACUAAAACUGGCUGGUCUAUUGGCCACUGUGCUGGUGUGGAUCCACUUGGCAUUUCCAAUGAUUCCAAUGUGUCUGCUGACCAUGAACAUUUUUAACCUAGUCACACUUAUGCCUCUGUUUCCCAGUUGUAGAAUAAGAAAAGAGUAUUUCUCACAGGCAACAGGAUAUUAUGCCAGUGGAGGUAGAGAGAAGUUCUGGCAGGGGUGACCAGCUGUUCUAGGGGGUAAGAAAUGUUUGCAUUCUAGGCCAGAACAAUGUUUUGCACACCUGAGCUUCAGAAUUGUGGCGGUGGGAGUGAAAAGCUUCUACCACACUAUUUAAAUCUUUGAGUAGAAAUAAUAAGCUGAUAAUAGGAUGCAUAUUAUGGGGUUUACUUCUGGGUGGAGGUAGAGAGGAUCACACUGUGGAUCUGAAUGAGUUCAGCUGGACUGACUUCAAAGUCAAAAUGCUUAGCAUUGAAACUUGGGCUGGGAUGUUUAACUGGUUCCUCUUUUUGCCCAAGUUGACAUGAAAUACUCACAGCUCCAACAAUAGUUAUUUAUUAUCUGUAGUUUUCUGAAGUAUUAUCUGAAGCUGGCUAGUGGUUAGGACUCUUGCAUGUCUCAGAAAUGUUUCCACCCACACACCCGGCUGCAUUUUUUCUUGUUCUCAGAGACACUAUCACUGCUGCUCUCAAAUACCCUAUUCGACGUCUAGGAAGAAAUCAUCACAGCUCAAGAAGGGGGAACUUUUAACAUCUAGCACCAGGACUGGAACUAUGACAGAAGACUUGGCAUACUAAGAGUCUUUUUCUUCCCAUGGAUGAAUAAUAUCAUGAGACACCAUGAAACGAAUGUAAAAUUAUUUCCCCCUCUGUUGUUGUUCUUCCCUUUUCCUUUCCUUAAACCUCCUCCUCCUUGCUUCCUGCCACUCAAAGGGCUCUGAGGUGUUAAAGGCAAUUCUUUUUCCAUAUGUGUGUUUUAGCAGCAGAGUCUUUUUUUGUCCGUUUCUCAUAAGCCUUAUCCGCACCUAACGUUCAAAGCAAUACAAUUUGUAUGCAUGUACAGAUCUGUGUGCACAAUUAAUCACACUUUCAGUGCACGGGCAGCAGUAUACUUGCUAUCCGUACCAUGCAUUCGAGGGGACCUGUACCCAGGUUCACUUUUAAAAUGCACACAGUGACAUUCACACAUGCAGAUGUAUAUGUGUACAGACACCUGUGUGCAUGUACAAUGUGAUGUCUGAAUAGGGCUGCAGUAUAACUUCUCUUUUCCACCAUUACUGGGAGCUGGUUUCUCCUGGAAUAAGGGACUGCAUACAUCACCUCCCUUUUGCAGUUAAUAUAAGGAGAAUUGGUAAGACAUCAUCACUUUGCAUGGGAAGUAACAGAGAGGGUCUACACUUGUGUUUUGUGCUUAUUCACCAGUGUAAUGUAUUAUACCGUGCAGUAAAAUGCUAUGAGCAUUUCUCUAUGAUAUUAUGGAAUCUCUGUUGUAAAAAUGUUUAUGUGUGGGAUGACUUUUUUUUUUUCCUUUUUCAAGUGCAUUGUUUUCUUAACCAAGGGACUUGGUACAAACUGGGACAAAAAAGUUUGAAACUCUCCCUAACUAUAUUUUUAUAUCCGAAUGAAUGUUUUAAAAAGAAUUUUCUUUUUAUAUUCUGAAACUUUUAAAAUGUAAAGCUUACUCUGAACUCUUAAAAUUUUGACAAAUGCUGAAAAAUAAUAGAAAAAGUGUCUUUCAGCAACUAAAUAUUCUCUUUGAAUAAAGAAUAACAAAAUGGAAAAUUCAAA